GUGACUAGAAUUCGUUUCUUCUAGCGUAAAGCUUCCUCCUUUCUCCUCCUCCUCUGUUUUCAUCUCCCUGAAACAAUGGAAAGAAUCAUGAUAAAUCCAUUGUUAUCAAUCCAAAACUCCCCAACCAAGUUCUUGAAACCACCACUUUCGUCCAUUCACAGGCGAAAACAACUACAAGAGAGGCAGAGCAAUAACAAUACCCUUUUCAUGGUGGAAACCAAACCAAGAAGGGCGACGACACUCGCAUGUCUCUCGAUAAGGAGAAGGAGAAACAACAAUGGUGUGUCUGAAUUUGAAGAAACGGCGAGGUUUGAACAAGUGGGUGGUAAAGGAAUCUCGGUUUUGUGUGGGUUAGGUUAUUGGGUACAAGGAUCAAGGUGUUUCCCAUGGCUUGCACUUAACUUCCAUAUGGUUCAUAGCCUCGCACUCCAACCAUCCACUCUUCAGCUUGUGCAAUACUCUUGCAGUCUUCCCAUGGUGGCUAAACCUCUCUACGGUGUUCUCUCAGAUGUUCUUUACAUUGGAAGUGGUCGUAGAAUUCCUUACAUCGCCAUUGGAGUGUUUCUGCAGGUUUUAGCAUGGGGUUCAAUGGGGAUAUUUCAAGGAGCUAGAGAAGUUCUUCCUUCUCUUGUGGCAUUUGUCCUGCUUAGCAACCUUGGAGCAUCCAUCACUGAGGUUGCAAAAGACGCUCUUGUUGCGGAAUAUGGUCUGAGAUAUCGAAUAAACGGUCUCCAGUCGUAUGCGCUCAUGGCUUCAGCAGCUGGUGGAGUCCUUGGAAACUUACUUGGAGGAUAUCUCUUACUCACAACACCUCCUAAGAUCUCCUUUCUUGUAUUCGCUGGUUUGUUGUCUCUGCAGCUUGUUGUUUCUUUAUCUUCCAAAGAAGAAUCUUUCGGCUUACCACGGAUAGCAGAGACAAGCUCGGUUUUGGAGGGCGUCAAAACACAGAUAUCGAAUCUUAAGGAAGCAAUUCAGGCAGACGAAAUCUCCCAGCCUCUUAUCUGGGCAGUAGUAUCCAUUGCAAUGGUCCCACUUCUCUCGGGAUCAGUCUUCUGUUACCAAACUCAAGUUCUAAACCUUGAUCCUUCGGUUAUUGGAAUGUCGAAAGUGAUAGGACAAUUGAUGCUUCUUUGUCUAACCGUGGUCUAUGAUCGAUACUUGAAGACACUUCCCAUGAGACCACUGAUCCAUAUCAUCCAACUCUUGUACGGUUUAUCGAUUCUCCUCGACUUUAUCUUGGUGAAGCAAAUAAAUCUCGGAUUUGGAAUCUCCAAUGAGAUUUAUGUGCUGUGUUUUUCCAGCUUAGCAGAAAUCCUUGCACAGUUUAAGAUCCUUCCAUUUGCAGUCAGAUUAGCCAGUAUGUGUCCACAGGGGUGUGAAGGAUCAGUCACAUCUUUUCUUGCUUCAACUCUGUGUCUAUCACAAAUAGUAAGCGCAUUCUUAGGCGUCGGAUUGGCUAAUCUGAUAGGUAUAACAUCAAGUAACUAUUCAAACCUGUCUUCAGGGAUUCUCAUACAGUCUCUAGCUGCUUUGAUGCCUUUGUGCUUCAUGCACUUUGUGCCAAUGUCAGAACCUGUGAUUGAGAAAGAAAGAAAAAGAGGUAUAAGUAAGAGAAGCAGGAGAAACAGACGAGUCGGGAGAGUAGUCGAUAAAGAAAAUGUUGAUUAUCGACGGGAAAGAGAGUCAGAAGAAGCACAGAGAUAGUGUAAGUAUAGUUAAAUCACAAAUUAGAAUAGUUAUGUAUAGCGAAAACCCAAUUGUUACCAAGAAGGAUAUAUACUUUGUCUAUAUACUGAGAUUUUCCCUUUUCUCUGUUUCUUGCUGUUGCCAAAAGAAGCUAUUAUUGCCAAGUAUAUACUUUGUCUUUUGGCCACUUCUCUACAUUACAAAUCCUGAGAUCAUCUUAUUUGAAGAUGUUCUUAAACGAAACAUGUUCCGACACUUUCUCUUAGAA